AUGGUUUAUGGUGAAUUUUUUCGCAGACCUGGCAAAGAUGCAGAACUUAUCAACUUGAAUGUGGGUGGCUUUAAGCAGUCGGUGGAUCAAAGCACCUUGCUCCGAUUUCCCCAUACCAGACUCGGGAAACUUCUCAAAUGCCAUUCAGAAGAGGCUAUUCUAGAACUGUGUGAUGAUUACAGUGUUGCAGACAAGGAAUAUUACUUUGACAGGAACCCUUCCUUGUUCCGAUAUGUUCUGAAUUUUUACUAUACAGGCAAACUUCAUGUCAUGGAAGAACUUUGUGUCUUUUCCUUCUGCCAGGAAAUAGAGUACUGGGGCAUAAAUGAGCUGUUUAUUGAUACCUGUUGCAGCAAUCGGUACCAAGAAAGGAAAGAAGAAGGUCCUGAGAAAGACUGGGAUCAGAAGAGCAAUGACAGAAGUAUAGACUCCUCUAACGAAGAGUCAUCCAUAUUUGAUAAAGAGCUGGAAAAGUUUGACAAUCUGUGUUUUGGUGAAAUAAGAAAGAAGAUCUGGGUCAGAAUGGAAAAUCCUGCAUACUGCUUGUCUGCCAAGUUAAUUGCCGUGUCGUCCCUGAGUGUUGUCUUGGCUUCAAUCGUAGCCAUGUGCAUUCACAGCAUGCCAGAGUUUCAAAGGCUGGACGCCAAUGACAGGGAGAUUGAAGACCCUGUGCUGGAAGCUGUGGAAAUUACAUGCAUCAUCUGGUUCACUGCUGAGCUAGUGAUCAGGCUUAUCACUGCUCCGAGUCAAAAGAAGUUCUGGAAGAAACCACUGAAUAUCAUUGAUUUUGUCUCCAUUAUCCCAUUUUAUGCCACCUUGGCUGUGGACACGAAGGAAGAAGAAAGUGAAGAUAUUGAAAACAUGGGGAAAGUGGUUCAGAUCCUGCGGUUAAUGAGGAUAUUUCGCAUCCUGAAACUGGCCAGGCACUCUGUAGGACUGCGGUCUUUAGGCGCCACUUUGAGACAUAGCUAUCAGGAAGUUGGACUUCUGCUUUUGUUUUUGUCUGUUGGGAUUUCUAUUUUUUCAGUGCUUGUCUACUCAGUGGAGAAAGAUGAUGACUCCUCAGAACUGCACAGCAUCCCCGUUUGCUGGUGGUGGGCAACCAUCAGCAUGACCACUGUUGGUUAUGGGGACACUUACCCAGUCACGCUUGCUGGAAAGCUGCUUGGCACCCUAUGCAUUAUCUGUGGGAUACUAGUGGUAGCACUUCCAAUCACCAUUAUUUUCAAUAAGUUUUCUAAGUACUAUCAAAAACAAAAAGAUAUUGAUCCAGACCAAUGCAACAAUGAUCGCAAAGAGAAAUGUAAUGACCUACCUUAUUUUAACAUUAGGGAUAUUUAUGCAAAAAAGAUGAACUCCUUCAUUUCUAGCCUUUCUUCAGUAGGAAUUGUAGUCAGUGACCAAGAGUCAACAGAUGCCUCCAGUAUCCAAGAUAUGGAGGAUGUUUACAACACAACAUCUUUAGAAAAUGGUACAGGAAAAUGA